AUGGCCCGAGAAAAGCCGGCAAGCGGGGCAGACGUUGGAUGGAGCCCCCACAGACUACCAUCCUUCGUGGGAGAGCACGGUCAUCUGGUCGACCCUUGCGAUUCGCGAGAAGACCCCAUCGUAUGCGCAGCAUUAGUUAAGGCCAACGUGUACAUAGACUUGGAGGACGUGUUCGAGGCGGAGAGAGAAUUUUGGAAGAACACCGGCGUUUCCAUUAAGGUAGAAGACUUGCGACAUCGUGUGCAGCUCGUUCUGGCGGAUUUCCGGGACGUGCUCUUGACGAUGUUCACGGACUACAGCGAGCGGGAAUCGGGUCUAGAACGACUUGCUGUGGCGCCGGCAACAAAUCCGGCCAAAUUGAACGCUGAGGAAGCCAACGGGAGUAAGAAGAAGUUGCUUGCCGAGGACGGUGCUGCAGCAGACGAAGAAGAGUCUCAGGCCUCCACGUCCGAUGACAACGGCAGCGUCACUAGCGGCAGUACGAACAACAGCGCUAGCGCGGUCGCGAUGGCCCUGGAACAGGCGAGCGCUGAUUGCGAUUGUGACGGUAGAUUGCUUGAAGCCAUCACCGUUCGCACUACCGAUGACCUUCUGUCGGCGUCCCUCGGCGGUCUACAGCGAAUCCCGGGGAGCGAAGGGGUGGACACGGCCUUCAUCAUCCCCCCCGGUGCUCCGCCCUCCGCACCCUCCUUCCAGGCUUCAAUCCCGACAACCUCGGUUGCAGCAAGCCCAUUCCCUGGGCUGCGUGCCUUGGAGGAGUGUCCAACUAGACUCGAGCGAGCUAGCAGUCCUGCGAGGAUUGAAAGGAUACGCGCUGCAGGCGUGAGCCCAGUGUGGUCGGUAGGGGCGCGUGAGGGCGACGAAGCUGAACCGUUUGGUGGAGGUACGGGAUUGGGGACCCAUGGGGAACGGGCGCUCGUGGAGAAGCUUUCCAUGUCUGGGGCUCAGUUUUUGGAUUUCGUGGACAACUGCGAGGUGUUGGAGGGAAGGUUCAGCUGGGCAGCUGGGGCAAGCGUCAUCCACCGGGUCACACGAGAAGGACGAAACAGGAAGACAGCGCGCAGUAUCGAGAUCCUCGGUUGUCCUGGUGCUCAUGGUGGUGUAGACACCUCGCCUAAGACUAAGAAUAGCGACAUGGAAGUCAGCGGACGAAACACUACCAGACGAUGUCGACCCUCGUCGGCUGCUAGUGGGAACCCGCGUCGCCCGCAGACAAAGCGCGGCGAACAGGCACCGCACAAGGGAAGGGGUGGCCACCGCAGUGGCGAGAGUCCCACCAAAGGCGGCGUCGCCGCCGCAGAGGCUAGUGGUCAGUCCGGCGCAGCAAUGGGUGACCGCGUUCGCGGUGAUGGCAGCGAUAAGAGUGGCGGCGCCGCUGCGGCAGCCGCCACUGGAACCACCAGCAAGAGCAGGAACAACACCAGCGACUGCCAAGCAGGGGUAAAUCAACAGAACGAGAUAGGAAAACUUCACGAGAUGCCAAAGAAGCCGGCCCAAGAUGGAUUAGGAGGAGGGGAGGAUAUAGAGACAGAAUCGCUCAGCAAAGAGGCGGCUUUUCUCAAGGUAACCGGGGACACCGAGGGAGGACAAGGGGGGAUGCUGUUCCCUGAGUUUGUGGAGGCAUUGACACGCCUCUGUCUUAAGCGUUACGCCCCUUGGGUAGCCCCUCGCAACCAAGGCCCUGGUCCUUCUGCUUCGUCGUCUGCGUCUGCUGCUGCUGCCGCCGCGAGGCCCCGGGCCCCACAAGAAAAUCAACUUGUCUCCGUGGGACUACCGCUUGCUCACCAUCGUCUUCGAUUUGCGUUCGAGCAGCACCUCCUUCCAGAGGCCGAUCGAGAGAUUUCCGACAUCAUGGAGUGCAAAUCUUGGCUCAGUAUCCGCUAACCUUCGUACUGGUUCAACUGACGCGGACACCUACCAAGAAAUGUAACUUGCGUAGCGGGCAUUGAUUGCGUUCGGACACGAUGAACGUCUACCCCGUGCAACACGGGCGACUUCUUCGUUCCGAUAACACGAUCAACCCACCUCUCUCAACGCGAACCGUUAAACACCUGGUUCAGAUCCCGAAUUUCCCUCAACUUUGUAUCCUCUGGCCGUGGCCGCCCAACCCGAAAGGCAAUCAUGUCCUUGAAAGCUUCUUCAGGGCCAUUGGCUACAUUGUACAAUGGCUAAGCGUCGGUACAGUGGCUCGCGCA